GUUUUCUUCCGGAAGUUGAUCCUGGGCUGGUUGUUGACGGGGUUUUAAGUUGACCGUCUUUGUGAGCUCUGUUUUUCUUUGGCUUGUGGGCUUCGUCGCUAUGGUGUGCGAGAAGUGUGAGAAGAAACUUGGCACAGUAAUUACACCUGAUACAUGGAAAGAUGGUGCACGAAAUACUACAGAAAGUGGUGGGCGAAAACUGAAUGAAAAUAAAGCAUUGACAUCAAAGAAGGCAAGGUUUGAUCCUUAUGGCAAAAACAAGUUUGCGAUAUGUCGAAUUUGUAAAAGUUCAGUUCACCAGCCAGGUUCUCACUACUGCCAGGGAUGCGCUUAUAAAAAGGGCAUCUGCUCAAUGUGUGGAAAGAAGGUCUUGGAUACAAAAAACUACAAGCAAACAUCUGUAUAAUUGCAUACUGUGAACUCUUCUCAUUCACCCCCUUUGAGAUUAAACAAAGUUAACCAACUUCAUGAACUGGGCAGAAUGCUGAAAGGAUCUUUCAUAAUUUACUUUUAGUGACAUUGUUUUUAUCUCUGACUUUAAAACUAGCUAUAAAAUGGUCUAAUGCUUGUGCUACUUUUACUAUAAGGAAAUUUUAAUGGUUCCUUGUAACUGGAUCUGGUUGCAGUCACUGUUUGAAUUUUUGACACACUGAUAAGAGUGAUCCACUAGUGGUGCGUAAUGAUAUAUUUAUACCUUAUUAUAAAGACACUUGUGCUAUUUGUUUAAACUUUCUAAAAGCAGUCUGUAAAAAAAUGUAAAGCUGAAAAUACAUAUCAACUUUUUCUUCACUGGUCAGUAACCUGCAGGACUUAAUGAUAGUUGUAUUCUGAGAUGCUGAGUGCACCAGCAGUAGGAGUAAAUAGCAAGAUUACAUGCGUGUUUAACAAUCAGUAAAAUAUGUUGUAGUGACACUUGUGGAAGAUCUUUGUAAAUCUGAGGAGUUAGCGGCAUGCCACCAUUUCUCCAUCCUGUGCCUAACCCGCCUCUUGAGUCAGGCCUGACUGUUCUGCUUUGGAGAUGUGUUUCUCUCUGUUUCACUUUGUUACUGCACUUGGGAAAAGGUUUGUUUUCAUGUUAAACUUAUGCACCUGGUAUGAGGGUUUUUAGGGAAGAUAGUAAACUCCUUAUAUUGGACACUUGUGGUAUAACCAUGUGUACUAUUCCCCCUUAAAGGCCAAUUAGGAAUAAUCAGCACACACACACAGGUAAAACCAAGUAUCCUAAAACCAAUGGCCACUUGGGACUGCCACAACAUUGCCCCGUAGGACUCAGACUGCAGUGCAGUGCACAGUGUUUUGCCAGAGGGAGGCCCAUCUGCUGCCAUUCUUCAUGGAUUCCAACCAGGUGAAAGGAUGUGUGAGCAUGUAUUAUUUUCCCUGUAUUGACUCUACUGUGAAUAUUUUUCUGCAAACUUUUCUAGAUUACUUAAAUUUAUUUCCUUUCCAAAAGUGUGUUCAUUGUUCUCCAUACCCCAAAAAACCCACUGCCCCUUGGCAUCACCAACAUACAACUUGUGUUCUCUCAAACCAGCUGAAGCCCACUAGGGCUCCAUAAACUUCCAGGAUUUGUAGCCUGCUGUUAGGUCACAUAGUUGGGGACUGUGUUUGUUCAGCUUGGCAGUUCCCAAGUUCUGAGGCUCUGAUAUGCAGUAUGUUUCAGUGAAGACCCUGUCAUUGUAAUUUCUUUUAAUCUAGGUUUGUUGGACUAAAAUAAAGUGGAAUUUAUAAGGCUAAUGUAAAUUAAUCCUUAGCCUUGUGGUGUCAACUUGGUAUUGAGGUGUAGCUUGUACAUAGAAGAGAAAUUGUAUAUAAACAUGUUUUAGUCUGUUGCAUUAAAACACACAUGAUACAAGAGAUUCAA